AUGGUUGAAGGUACCAGCGGCAUUGACCGAAAGGCCGAGGAGAGGAUGGAGUUCUCCACCUCAAAGGAAGUUACUGUCCAUCCGACCUUCGAAUCCAUGUCACUGAAGGAGAAUCUUCUUCGUGGCGUCUACGCCUACGGUUACGAGUCCCCUUCAGCCGUACAGUCUCGCGCCAUCGUUCAGAUCUGCAAGGGCCGCGACACCAUCGCGCAAGCGCAAUCAGGCACGGGCAAGACGGCGACUUUCUCGAUUAGUAUGCUCCAGGUCAUCGACACGGCCGUGCGCGAGACGCAAGCCCUCGUCCUCUCUCCGACGCGCGAGCUCGCAACGCAGAUCCAAUCGGUCGUCAUGGCCCUCGGCGACUACAUGAACGUGCAGUGCCACGCCUGCAUCGGCGGCACCAACGUGGGCGAGGACAUCCGCAAGCUCGACUACGGCCAGCACAUCGUCUCGGGCACGCCGGGACGCGUCGCCGACAUGAUCCGCCGCCGCCACCUCCGCACGCGCCACAUCAAGAUGCUCGUCCUCGACGAGGCCGACGAGCUGCUCAACCGCGGGUUCCGCGAACAGAUCUACGACGUGUACCGCUACCUGCCGCCCGCCACACAGGUCGUCGUCGUUAGCGCCACGCUCCCCUACGACGUCCUCGACAUGACGACCAAGUUCAUGACCGACCCCGUCCGCAUCCUCGUGAAGCGUGACGAGCUGACCCUGGAGGGGCUUAAGCAGUACUUCAUCGCCGUCGAGAAGGAGGAGUGGAAGUUUGACACCCUCUGCGACCUCUACGAUACCUUGACCAUCACCCAGGCGGUCAUCUUCUGUAACACCCGCCGCAAGGUCGACUGGCUGACGGAGAAGAUGCGCGAGGCCAACUUCACGGUCAGCAGUAUGCACGGCGACAUGCCCCAGAAGGAGCGGGAUAGUAUCAUGCAGGACUUCCGUCAGGGGAACAGCCGCGUGCUGAUUUCGACUGAUGUCUGGGCGCGUGGUAUCGACGUUCAGCAGGUCAGCUUGGUCAUCAACUACGACCUGCCGAGCAAUCGUGAGAACUACAUCCACCGUAUCGGCCGGAGUGGCCGCUUUGGUCGCAAGGGCGUCGCUAUCAACUUCGUUACCAGCGAAGAUGUGCGGAUCCUACGAGACAUUGAGUUGUACUACUCGACCCAGAUUGAUGAGAUGCCCAUGAACGUCGCCGAUCUCAUCUCGUAA